AGACCCAAAGUGCCAGUGUCUCCAUCCACCUAUAUAAGCACCAUCUAGAUUGGACUAGCAAGACUCCAUGGCUAUGGAAGGCAGAACCGGUGCAGCCCUCAUCGCGGCGCUCUGCGCCGUGUGCUUGCUGCCGGGUCUGGCCAGGGCGCAGCUCCGGGUGGGGUUCUACCAGAGGAGCUGCCCCAACGCGGAGGCGCUUGUCCGGCAGGCCGUUGCGGCCGCCUUCGCCAAGGACGCCGGAAUCGCCGCCGGCCUCAUCCGCCUUCAUUUCCACGACUGCUUCGUUCGGGGCUGCGAUGCCUCAGUUCUGCUGGCCACCAACCCCGGCGGGGGCAGGACAGAACGGGUGGCUCCUCCGAACAACCCCAGCCUCCGCGGCUUCGAGGUGAUCGACGCGGCCAAGGCCGCGCUCGAACGGAGCUGCCCCCGCACCGUCUCCUGCGCCGACAUCCUCGCCUUCGCCGCGCGCGACAGCAUCACCCUCACCGGCAACGUCGUCUACUCUGUCCCCGCCGGCCGCCGUGACGGCAGCAUCUCUCGCGAGGAGGACGCCAACAACAACCUGCCCCCGCCGACCUUCACCGCGCAGCAGCUCAUCGACCGGUUCCAGAACAAGACCCUAACCGCCGAGGAGAUGGUCCUCCUCUCCGGCGCCCACACCGUCGGCCGCUCCUUCUGCUCCUCCUUCGUGGACCGCAUCUGGAACGGCAACACUCCCAUCGUGGAUGCAGGGCUGAGCCCGUCGUACGCGGCGCAGCUGCGGGUGCUGUGCCCGUCGAACACGUCGCAGGCGACGGCCCCGAUCGACCCGGGCUCGCCCAACGUGCUGGACAACAACUACUACAAGUUGCUGCCGCGCGGCAUGGGGCUCUUCUUCUCCGACAACCAGCUCCGGGUCGACGGGAACCUCAACGUGCUGGUGAACCGCUUCGCGGGGAACGAGACCCUGUGGAAGGAGCGCUUCGCGGCCGCCAUGGUGAAGAUGGGCCGCAUCCAGGUGCAGACCGGGAACUGCGGCCAGGUACGGCUCAACUGCAACGUCGUCAACCCGACGUCGUCGUCGGUCAGCCUGGCGGGCUCAGUCGAAGAGGACGGCCUCGUUGCCACGAGCUAGCCGAGACUGACGCACACACAUGGUGCACCGAUCGAGUCAGCAUGGUGUUCUCAACUUCUCCCCGCCGGCUUCUUCUUCCUCGGAUCAUCUGUUUUUUUACAUGUAAUCACCCAUGUCAGCAUGCAUGUGUGCGCUUUUAUUUUAUCUUACGGAGUACUACUAUACUUCCACUUGUGCCAAGUUUGUUUUGUCCCCAAUCGGAAUGAAACUCUAGUCCUCAGUUGUGCCCAUUUGAA